AUGGUUAGGAUUGGUCUGUUGAAUGUCACGUCUAUCAACAAUAAGGUUGAUGAUGUCUAUGGAAUGAUUUAUGAUGGUCUCGACAUACUGAUUCUGUGUGAAACAUGGCACGGGACCGAAGGAAAUAUUUCCGUUAGAUUAGCUAUGCCACCUGGUUUCACAUUUGUGGAUUUUGUCAGGCCGCAUGACCCUGGUCACGGGGGUUUGGUAAUUUAUUUUAGAAGUGAUUUUAAGUAUAAAAAAAUAAAUUUCCCUUUAUUUUCCAAGUUUGAAGCUCUGGCCAUCAGCUUGAAGAUUGGAAUUGAUCAGUUCUGUUUAAUUGCCCUCUACAGACCUGGCUCGAAACAGACGACUUCAUUAUUUUUUGAAGAGUUGAUUUCUAUGUUGGAGUUUAUUACAAUGUCGGAGGCUCAUGUCGUACUUAUGGGUGAUUUUGACAUUCACGUUGAAAAGAGGGAUAGUCCUUUCACUUUACGACUACAUGAGAUACUUGAUAUGUUCCAGUUGGUCAAUCAUGUUAAUCAACAAGCGCAUGUGUCGAGAGAUACGUUAGACCUAGUAAUUUGUUCACAGGAUUUUCCAAUUCUUGAUACUAAGAUUGACCCGUGUUUGGUAUACUCUGACCACAGUUACGUAAGUGUGAGAGUGGCGUUGAAUCAAGUCCGACCAAAAUUGGUGAAAGCAUGUGUCAAACCGUGGAAAGAUCUGAACGAAAAAUAUUUUGUUGAAGCACUAGCGAACUCUCCUGUGGCAAACAAAUGUCAAUCUGAUGAUGUGGAUAAUGAAUUUGCUCUGUUUAGUGGUAAAAUUCAACGAAUUUCUGACAAUUUAGUGCCUAUGCGGGCCUUAAAUAGUCAAGGGGUGCUAGGAAUCCCUGGGAAGUAUGCAAUAGCGGAGGGAUGUUGCAGAAAAAUUCAGAAUGGCCCUUCUUUGGUACUUAGACUUGAAACGCUUAAUGUUGGAUCACUGGCUGGUUGCAGCAUGGAAAUCGCAGAAAUGCUUGAGCGUAGAAGGAAAGACAUCUGCUACUUUCAGGAAACCCGAUGGAAAUUAAAUGGUGUCUGUAACAUCAAUUCAGACAAUAAAAAAUAUAAACUUUCUGGAAUGGUCAAAAGACGGCCAAAAAUGGUGUUGGAAUUUUUGUCAAAGAACCGCUAG